AGGGAUGACAAGUGCAUAAAAAAUAAAAAAAAUUAAUACAAAUCAAUUUGAGAAAUAAUUGGUUAUAACACAAUAAAAAAUAAUGAAACAAUAUGAGUUGGCUUUUAAGAAAAUUGUGGGCGAUUCUCAAUUGAUUUCAUGUUGUGUUUCAGAAAACCUAUUAUGACAAUUUCCCAUAUCCUCAUUUCAUCAAAAUAUCGAAAAAUAUUACAAACAAUGGCAUUCGCUUCAUUCAUCAUCUAUAUCACGCUUGUUUUGUACAACAACGUCUAUGGCUUACCGUCGGCAUCGAUCCUGAAUCAACAGGUCAAUACAACACACGAUCGAGAGCCAACAGACAUUAUUCCAACGUUAGCUGAUUAUUUCGAUAUUAAUUUGCCGCCAGAUGAUCUUCAAAGAUUGCAUGAAAUGACACGUGAGACAAAAGUUAACUUUGCAACAAAGCCUUCGAUCGGCAGUGAUAUGCAAUUAUUAGAUUAUUAUAACUCAAAUACAGUGACUGGCACACCAAAACCAGAUCAAUAUAGUUUAGACGAUAUAUUUAUUAGUGUUAAAACAACAAAAAAUUAUCAUAACAAUCGGUUAGUUAUGAUAAUUAAGACGUGGUUUCAAUUAGCAAAGGAUCAGACGUGGUUCUUCACGGAUACUGAAGACAAAUAUUACCAAAAAUUAACAAAUAACCACAUGAUCAAUACAAAUUGCUCUCAAGGUCAUUUUAGGAAAGCACUCUGUUGCAAAAUGGGAAAAGAAUUCGACUUUUUCAUGUCAAGCGGAAAAAAAUGGUGGUGUCAUUUUGAUGACGAUAACUAUGUAAAUGUGCCAAGAUUAGUUAGUAUGUUAAGUGAAUACAGUGCGUCACAAGAAUGGUAUUUGGGCAAACCAAGUAUAUCUUCGCCGUUAGAAAUAUUUUUAGAUAAUAACAAAUUUUCGCUGACACCAUCAGAAACCAAUAAAAAAAUUAAAUUUUUGUUUGCAACUGGAGGAGCAGGAUUCUGUAUAAGUCGAAAGUUGGGCAAAAAGAUGAUGCCUGUAGCUGGCAAUGGAAAUUUCGUUAAAAUUGGCGAUAAAAUUCGGUUUCCUGACGACGUUACAAUGGGUUUCAUCAUUGAAAGUAUACUUAAACGACCCUUGACAGUUGUUGAUGCAUUCCAUUCGCAUUUAGAGCCCAUGGAAUUUAUUCGACCAGAAACUUUUCAAGAUCAGGUCUCCUUUAGUUAUGCAAAGAUGAAAAACGAUUGGAAUGUCGUCAAACUCGACGGAGGAUUCGACACAAAAACAGACCCAAAGCGAUUCUUUUCACUCCAUUGUCAUCUCUUUCCGAACACAAGUUUCUGUCCUCAACGUAAACGGUGAUGCACAUUCAAGAAUACAUAAAUAUAUUUCAUCAAAUUGAUGAUAAGAGCUUUUUAUUAAUGAAAAAAUACACAUAAUAUAUACAAAAUAUUCGAAACAAAACAUUUUAAACAUUAUUAUAAAUAAUAAUUAAAACAA